AUGGAUAAUGCUGGAGCAAGUGGAUCUACGAGCCCUGUGAAGAAUUUUACCGAUAAAUUUGGAGAAAAUUUUGUUUUUCCGUACUGCGAUGACGCUACAAAACACCAGACAGUGGCAAAAAUAGGUGAAGGAACAUACGGAGAAGUGUUUCAAGCGCGACAUAAGGAUGAUCCGAAUAAAUUUGUCGCACUGAAGAAAAUUUUCGUGCCUAACGAAAUGGAGGGAUUUCCACUGACAGCACUGAGGGAAAUAAAACUGCUGAAAUAUCUGAAGCAUGAAAAUGUCAUCGAUUUAAUUGAAGUCUGCCAAAGCCAAAUUCUCCUGCACAAUCGACGGCGAUUCUCAUUUUAUUUGGUGCUCGAAUUUUGUGAGUAUGAUUUAGCUGACCUGCUGUGUAAUUUGAGAUUACACAUUAGUCUGGCAGAUAUUAAAAGAAUAAUACAGCAAUUGUUAAAUGGGUUGUAUUAUAUCCACAUCAAGAGAGUAGUUCACAGAGAUUUAAAGCCAAAUAACAUCCUUAUUACAAAGGACGGUAUCUUGAAGAUAGCCGAUUUUGGUCUAGCACGAGAGUUUAGUGAUACUGAAUAUGGAAAGAAGCAGUGUUAUACAAGUCCAGUUGUGGCAUUGUGGUACCGGCCACCGGAGGUUCUGCUUGGAGCCCGUCACUAUGGGUCAGCUCUUGACAUGUGGGGUGCUGGCUGCCUUAUGGCUCAGAUGUGGAGACGGAGAGCAAUUAUGAGAGGCAACAGUGAGCAGGCACAGCUAAUAAUAAUCUCAAAGCUUUGUGGUUCUAUUACUCCUGAAGUUUGGCCUGGCGUACAAUCACUUCCAUUGUACAACAAGAUUCAGCUGCCACAGGGACAAAGACGCAAGGUGAAGCCCUGGCUAAGGCAAUAUGUGAAUGAUCCACAUGCAUGGGAUCUCUUGGAUAAACUGCUAGUCCUCGACCCAUCAAAGCGGUACGAUGCCAACUCCGCCCUCGACCACAAUUUCUUCUGGACGGAUCCUAUGCCAAGUGAUCUUACAAGGUUGUUGACCCAACAUAGAGAAAGCAACUUCAAACGUGUAACAGCGGCACUUCAAUGUAAGGGUCAUAGGGAAGUCCAUGAAAAAGCACUUGAAUGCGAGAAUCCAACAUAUACGGGUGUGCCCAAUGUAGUGCAGUCCUGUGAAGUGUCACAAGCCGUAGAUGAUCAGACUGCUACCUGGGAAAGCUGUGUUAGUGCAAUGACUGUAACAAAGUUUUACAGCUCUUCUGCCACAAUAAGAGCUAUUGAGGAUGGAAAUGUUAGUGAAGACCCAGAUAUGUCAGAUGACAAAACAUUUUCUGCAAAACAUUAUUUUCAAAAUGAAGAUGUUGUGCUUUGUUCAGAGUCAGAUAGUGAUGAUGAUAUCAGACCUAAGAGCUAUAACAUAACAAAGAAAGAACUGUGA